AUGGUGGUCGCUGCUUGGGGGCUUUUGCCUACAAUUUGGGAAUAUGUUCUAUCACUACAACUGAGCUCCGUAGAGCUGUUUUGGGGCUCCAAGCGGCUUGGGAUGAGGGAUACCGCAAAGUGCAGCUUCAACUAG